AUGUCUGCUGUAUUUUCAUAUGCCCACGCUGCCGGAGCGCCAUCUUCGUCGAAUGUUGCGAAAUCUGAGAUUGAGAACGGAAUUUCCAAUCUGAGCAUCAGUGACAAGGAGCCUGAAAAAGUGGUUCAACAGACCAAGAAAACCGACAAAACCGACAAAAAAGAGAAAAAAGAGAAGAAGGCCAGCAGAUCCAGCUCGAAGGAGCCGGAGAGCAAGCCCGAGCCUUCCAAGGAAGACCAGGAGCCAAAGAAGGUUAAGCUGGCCCCUGCUCCUCUGCCCGCCACUAAUGUUUGGGGAAGCACCCCUACUGUGAUUCCAGCCAAGCCAUCUGUCGAGGCUAUUGGUGUGCGUGAAUCCACGCCAGAAGCCACCCCGGUUGUUGCCAAGGCUGCCCAAGGAAAGGAGAAAUGGGUUCCGUUCAAAGCUUCAGUGGUGAUUGCUUCGAAUAAAUCCACCCCUAAGCCCCAGGGCAAGAAGAAGAACAAGAAGAAGAACUUCAAAGAUGGCGAAGCCAAGGAAAAUAAAGACCUGAAGAAGAACGUGAAAAAGGCCGGUGACGCGCGCGAGACCGAGUUGAACGGUGAUGCCAGCUCCGCAAACAACGUUCUUACUCCAGAAAAUGCAUCCAACAUCAAACAGUCCUCCGAGCUCGAGAGCGAGUCUAACGAGCUCAAGGCUGACGAGUCUCAGCAGAAGUUUGCCAGAGCCAACGGCAAUGGAAACAAUUCGUUCGCUGGCCGUCAGUACCGAAUGCACUACAAUAACCAAAACAAAAGAUACAGUGGUCAGGCUGCUCAGAACGGCAAGGUUAACGGAGCCAACGGCCAGUUGCCGUAUGCUCCAUACAACAGCCGUCCUUUCAAUGGCCAAAACAAUAGACACCAUCACAGUCGACCAAGCUACCAACAGCAGUCGCAAUACUUCAUACCCCAACAGCCACCUUUCUAUGCUCCGAUCCCUUACAUUCCAUAUCCGGCCGCGCCGGCUCCAUUUGCAUCGGUCAUUCCGCAACAGCCACAGCAGAUCUCGAUCCCACCUCAGGACAGCAGCAUGCGGGAUGCCAUGCUCCAGACGCUUGCUAAACAGAUCGACUACUACUUCUCGACACAGAACCUUGUUAAGGAUAUCUUUUUGAGAAAACACAUGAACAGCGACGGAUUCCUCCCGCUGUCUGUUCUUGCUGGCUUCUACAGAGUUUCUGGUCUGUCUUACGGCGAUUACAACCUGGUGAUUGAAAGUUUGACCCAAUGUGGAAACCUGGAGUACGGUAUCAUCGAACAAGAAGACCAGAAAAUUUACAAAGUCCGUGCCAAGCUCGACCCUACCAAUUGGGUUCUUCCUGCCGACCAGAGACUCGAACAAGGAUUGGACGAGCAGUCUCCAAGCUUAGAAUAG